UGGGGGGCGGCGGCCGUGGGCCGGAGAGCCGGGGUGCGCACCUGGGCCCCCCAGGCCAUGGCGGCGAAGGUAGACCUGAGCACCUCCACCGACUGGAAGGAGGCAAAAUCUUUUCUGAAGGGCCUGAGUGACAAGCAGAGGGAAGAACACUACUUCUGCCAGGACUUCAUCAGGCUGAAGAAAAUACCGACGUGGAAGGAGAUGGCAAAAGGUGCGGCUGUGAAGGUGGCCGAGCCCAAGUACAAAAAAGACAAGCAACUCAACGACAAGAUCUCCCUGUUCCGUGGUGACAUCACCAAGCUGGAGGUGGACGCCAUCGUCAAUGCCGCCAACAGCUCCCUGCUCGGAGGUGGGGGUGUGGACGGCUGCAUCCAUCGGGCCGCAGGGCCGCUGCUGACUGAGGAGUGUCGCUCGCUGCAGAACUGUGAGACCGGCCAGGCCAAAAUCACGGGUGGCUACCGGCUGCCGGCCAAGUAUGUCAUCCACACGGUGGGGCCCAUGGUCCACGGUGAGCCCAGUGCCAACCAGAUGGCCGAGCUCCGGAGCUGCUACCAGAGCUGCCUGGACCUGCUGUUGCAGAACAAGCUUCGCUCAGCGGUGAGGGGCGGAGGGGCCAGGGCGGGGGCUGCUUGCGGGGGUCACUGUGUGUGA